CACAAGGCGAGAUGAAACGAACUGCAAACCAACUAGAACAACAACAACAAGAACAAGAACAAGAACAACAAGAAACCGAACGACCAACAGUACAACGAGUCAAGUUCAACCUAAACUCAAGCGACUCAGAAGAAGAAGAAGAAGAACAAAACAACGAUGAAAACAAAGAAAACAGAGCAGAGACCACCGGAUUCCUAACAGCCAAGAACCCCUCGGACGCCUACUUCCUAGCACACGGCAAGACCAACCCAACCUCGACCACCCUACUCUCAGAGCGGAAGAAGCAUGAGCAGAUACAACUAACCGACUAUCUCGACCCAUUCGACCCACAACCACUCCGAUCAGCAGAAUCGAAUUGGGACCAAUGGACUGCCGAAUUGAUCGAAGGAUACUCGAUCCUCUUCUACGGAUUGGGCAGCAAACGGAGCACGCUCAAUCAGUUUGUCGAGAAACAUCUCGUCGCCAGCUUAGGAUGGGAAGGACUGGUGGUUAACGGCUUCCAGAACGGAUGCGAACUCUCGAAUCUACUCCACGACUUGGAAGAGAUCAUCGAUCAAAACGACUCACCAGAUGAUCAUGAUGAUCAAGGAUUCACUCAGCCAGUCGCCAACAAAAGAUCGAGCUCAUUAGAGACCCUCGAACUGAGAGCACAAGCCCUAUGUGGACGACUGGCCAAGAAGAAGAAGGAGGAGGAGGAGGAAGGACCGGAGUGUGUGUUGAUGAUCCAUAAUCUGGAUGGGAUCGGGUUCAGGAACCCACGAAUACAGACGAUCUUGGGCCUGCUAACCGGCCAACCGACCAUCCAUCUGAUCGCGACCAUCGACCACAUCAACGCCCCCAUCCUGCUAUCCAGUCAUCUCUCCUCGGCCCGACCGACGAGCCUCGAACACACGAACCAACUGCUCGAAAGCUUCCCAUCCACCUACAACUUCCUCUACCACCAUCUCGCCACGCCCACCCCGUACACCCUCGAAAGUCUGCUCAGCGGAACCGUCUCCUCUCUGCUCCCCGCAUCCAUCUUCCCCUCGGUGAUGGUCGGGAACCAGAAAACCAUCAAGUCGGAGAUCCUCAACAAUGGCCUGCCUUCGCUCCAAGCCACCCUCCAUGUGCUCUCCUCCUUGACCGAGAAAUCUAAGGCGCUCUUCCGGCUCUUCGCCGAAUACCAACUCCAACAACUCCUCGCUUUGCCCCCUCUCGAAGCCACUCGAGUCGAUCACGAAAUCGCAGGAAAAACACCGGCAGAUCACGAUCAUCAGAUCACUCCUUGCGUCGCCAUCUCCAUCAUCGCCCUGUAUGAACUCGCUAGGGCUGACUUCAUCGCCUCUGCCCUCUCCCAAUUACAUGCCCUCCUCGUCGAAUUUCGCGACCAUUCCAUCAUUCGCUCUCGCUUUAGUCCUCCUCCUACCUCUGUCUCUUCUUCUUCUGCUACUGCCGCUAAUCCUAAUCCGGUCGAUCUCGAGCCAAUCGAUGAGCAGCAGGAAUGGAUUUGGAUCGCCCUGUCCAAGGCUGACUUGGAAGAUAUUCUUGCCCAGUUAGAUCAACUUUAAUCAUACACUUCCAGUGUACUUCAUUUUUUAGCUUCAAAAAAAAAAAGGUUUUAUGGUGUCUGGUCUUAGAAAUUAAAAUGAUAGACUCAAUCAUCCCAAACAAAUCAAACAGGACCAAAAACAAAAAAAGAAAGUAUAUUUCUCAAAGGGGAUGUUAAUAAAUCCCUGUUAUAUAUGUAUAGAGUUCGACAUUUCUACAUGUGCUCCUUUUUUUGAUAAUCAAAUUUAUUUAUCUAACCAUCCUGUUCUCUAAUAAUUACAUAUAUAAACAAGCCAACAUCCAUCAGUCUAUUUAUAUUGGGUA